UAGUCACAACACUGCCCAGACCAGAGAGAGGAAAAAAAAACAACUGAGAAGUCAGACAGAGAACAAGAAACUGAGAGUACCGAGCUAAAAUGAACCUUCUUCCUAGCUUUUCCAUUGAGACCUGGGCUCUCCUGGUUGCACUGCUGUUUCUCCUGAUACUAUAUGGGAUCUGGCCAUUUGGUUUUUUCAAGAAAUUGGGCAUCCCUGGACCAAAGCCACUGCCUUUCUUUGGAACUGUCUUGGAGUAUCGUAAAGGUUUCUUGGUGUUUGACUCUACGUGCUAUGAGAAAUAUGGGAAAAUCUGGGGGUUUUAUGAUGGCAGGCAACCUGUGCUGGCUGUCACAGAUCCUACAAUAAUUAAAACUGUGCUGGUGAAAGAGUGCUUCACUACCUUUACCAACCGGCGGAAUAUAGGUCUAGUGGGAGAGCUGGAGUUGGCUGUCUCCAUAGCUGAGGAUGAGAAGUGGAAGAGAAUUCGCACUGUGCUCUCCCCAACCUUCACCAGUGGGAAGCUAAAGGAGAUGUUUCCCAUUAUCAAGCAUUACGGGGAGGUUUUGGUGAGAAAUGUUCAGAAGAAAGCAGAAAAGGAUGAGCCCGUGGACGUUAAGGACAUCUUUGGAGCCUAUAGCAUGGAUGUUGUCACUAGCACUUCCUUCGGUGUGAACAUUGACUCCAUGAACAACCCCAAAGAUCCUUUCGUCAAGGAAAUCAAGAAGCUAGUGAAAUUUAACUUUUUUGACCCACUCUUCAUUUUGAUAUUUGUAUGCCCAUUCCUCAUUCCCCUUCUUAAGAAGAUGAAUGUGAAUUUUUUCUCCAAAGAUGCCUUAAAAUUCUUCACAACGUCGAUCACCAAAAUAAAGGAGGAACGUGAAAAAGACGCCAAAGGGGGCCGAGUGGAUUUCCUGCAGCUAAUGAUCGAAUCCCAGAACUCAAAUACUAGCCAUGAAAGCAAUGGAGUGACUCAUACAUAUAAAGGCCUGACUGAUGCUGAGAUCUUGGCACAAGCAUUUAUCUUCAUUUUUGCUGGAUAUGAGCCCACCAGCAACUCCCUUUGCUACCUGGCUUACAAACUGGCCACCCACCCUGAUGUGCAGCAAAAGCUGCAGGAGGAGAUAGACUCUGUUUUACCAAACAAGGCUCCUCUUACCUACAAUGCCCUGAUGCAGAUGGAGUAUCUCGACAUGUCAGUGAAUGAAAUCUUUAGGCUUUUUCCUCUUGGAGGACGACUUGAAAGGGUCUGCAAGAAAGACGUAGAGAUAAAUGGACUGACCAUUCCAAAAGACACCAUAGUUGUGAUACCACCCUCUGUUCUGCACCGUAUCCCAGAAUACUGGCCAGAACCAGAGGAGUUCAGACCAGAAAGGUUCAGUAAAGAGAACAAAGAGAUGAUGGAUCCUUAUACAUACCUGCCCUUUGGAGCUGGACCCAGGAACUGCCUUGGAAUGAGGUUUGCUCUCCUCUCCAUAAAAGUUGCUAUCGCCAGUCUGCUGCAGAAUUUCACCUUCAGACCCUGCAAAGAGACCCAGAUCCCGCUCAAGCUGAAGUCCGAGGGAUUCAUAACACCAGAGAAACCUAUUGUUCUGAAGUUAGUCCCCAGAGCUUAUACCUCACACCCGGAGGAGUAACACCCAACAGAGUUCACAGCAGCUUUCCAGAGUACCAGCAGAGGCUUUACACAUCAUUGGGUCUCUGCAACAGACACAGAAGAAGAGCUUCCAUUCAUUCCAAAGGCAUUAACUAAAUAUCUACAGAAAAAUGUGACUGUCAGAAAUGUAAACUGAGUCACUGGGCAGUGAUUGUAAAUUGCUUUUAUACCAUCAGAUUUAGAGAAUGUAUAUAAAGAAAAAAUUCUACUGAGGCACUGUUCUGCCUCUCUGACUCUUUUUAGUGAGAUUCCUCCACCUGAAGAGGGAAUUACUGUCCAAUCCAAGAGGCAGUGGGAACUUCGUUGUUGAAAUAGAAAUCACUAGAGUUAUUGGGGGCAGGGAUGGGUGAAUGACAAGGAAUGGCAGGAUUUUUGUGAGUUGUACUGAUAUUUGAAGAAGUGUGUAUAAACUAUUGGGCUGUUGAGUUUACUGGGAUGUGAUGAGACUAUCCUAGAAAACAAAUUUCUCUUGGGCCAUAUGUUAAUGGAACAAAAGCGUGUAACAUGUACAGAGAACAGAACGCAUAAAAUGUUUGUGAAAGGGCUUUCUGUUGUGUAUUCUGAAUAAUUUGUUCACUUCUUACUUGAAAAAAUAUUCAGCCUGGACCCCUGAAAUUAUCCACAUAUAGCAUCUUCCAUUUAAUUUACUGAAUUUGGUCCUUCAUUUAACUUGAUCAAAGCUUCCUACUGUAAAGUGUAUUACAAAUAAUACAAUUCCUACCUAGUAUUUUGGUUAAAUGCAGGGAUGGCCAAGCUGUGGCUCCAGACUCCCAUGCGGCUCUU